GCUGGUUUGGGCUCACUGUUGGUCAGACAGUGUGUGUGUGUGUGUGUGUGUGCACAACUUAGAAGGGCUGAGGGAACUGUGUUUGGUUUAAGUUAAGCUCAGGAGACACACUGUAAACAUGGCUGCUACCCAUCGUUUGGUUAUCGUCCGUCACGGUGAGAGCGCCUGGAACCAAGAGAACCGCUUCUGCGGCUGGUUCGAUGCUGACCUCAGUGAGAAGGGUGUGGAGGAGGCCAAGCGUGGAGCCCUGGCUAUCAAAGAGGCAGGCCUCAAGUUUGACGUGUGCUAUACCUCCGUGUUGAAACGUGCUGUGAAGACUCUGUGGACCAUCAUGGAAGGCACAGACCAGAUGUGGCUGCCUGUGAUUCGUACCUGGCGUCUGAAUGAGCGUCACUACGGAGGCCUUACUGGUCUGAACAAGGCCGAGACGGCUGAAAAGCACGGCGAGGAGCAGGUGAAGAUCUGGCGCCGCUCCUUUGACAUCCCACCUCCACCCAUGGACAAGGACCAUCCUUACAACAAAGUCAUCAGCGAGUCCCGGCGCUACAAGAAUCUGAAGCCCGGUGAGCUCCCCACAUGUGAGUCACUGAAGGACACCAUUGCCCGCGCCCUGCCUUUCUGGAAUGAUGUCAUCGCACCUGAAAUCAAGGCGGGAAAGAAUGUUAUCAUCGCUGCCCACGGCAACAGCCUCCGGGGCAUCGUCAAGCACUUGGAGGGUAUGUCUGAUGCAGCCAUCAUGGAGCUGAACCUGCCCACAGGAAUCCCAAUUGUGUACGAGCUGGACGCAAACCUGAAGCCUGUAAAGCCCAUGGCUUUCCUCGGUGAUGAGGAAACAGUGAAGAAGGCCAUGGAGGCUGUGGCCGCCCAGGGCAAAGCCAAGAAGUAAGCCUGUUCUGGAGGCUGUGAGGAGGCAGAAAAAGAGACUGUUCCCCCCCCUUUGUCCUUCAACCUUUCCUGCUAUGCAUUUGUUCAUCCGUGUAGUCCAUUCCAACUGGGGAAAUGUUUAAUGGUUCUUUUUGAGACGGGCCAUUUUCAGCACAUUAGCUCCGUUUGUUUAAAUGACAGAGAUGACCUGUCAAUCAAUGCAGACAGCCGGGCCCCGCCAUUUAUGCAGCCACACAUCACUCAGCCCUUUUAAAUUGUCUUUUAAACCAACGUUGUGGGCCUCACCACCCUGGUCCAACCAAUAAAGAAACCUUGUUUUUA